GCCUGGUCCGCUACCCCGGGACGCCACUCCCGCCGCAGCGAUGGGUGGACGCGGUCGAGGCCGAGGUCGCGGGGCCUCCAUGUCGUUCAACGUCGAGCAGCUGGGUUUCGGACGCGGCGAGGCCCUGCCGCAGGCCGCUCUCGCUCCGCCUCCCAUUUUCCCGCCGCUGAACACUAAGCCGCUGCCGCUGGUGGCUGACGUCCAGCACGACUACAUGCUCGUCAUCAAGAAGGAGCUCUCCAUGUUCUGGCGCGACUCGCCGUUCUACAUCACGCCCCCGGCGGUGCGCGGCUGCAUAGAGCGCUACUCGGACCGUUAUCAGGAACAGGCCGCCGGUGGUCCCCAGACGGACCGGACACACCGACAUCUCGCGGAUACCAGACGUGACAAGCCGGGCGUAGCGCCGACCGCGGCCAAGACGGCUCGCGGCGGUAAGGAUGUGACUGAGAAGUUGGACCAGCUGGAGAAGCGAGAGAAGCUGGGCGACCCUGAGGAGCAGAAGGAGGACAAGGAGGGCGCCGUGGACUCGGGUGAGGAGGAAGUGGGCGAGACGGAGGAUGUGGAACUGGACGAGGGUACCGACUAUAUCAAUGACUUUUUUGAUAACGGCGAGGAUUACCUGGAAGCGGAGGACGAUGCGUUGGAGGAGGGGCCGAUCUUUUGA